GGUCCAAUUCGAAAGGCAACACGUGUUCGGGCCUAAGCUCCUGAUCCCGGCCCCCCGCGACCACGUCCAGAUGCGAAGACGAAUCCGGGCGCCCAAGCGCGGCACGGCGACGCCAACGCAUGGCGGCGGCUUCCGCAGAAGCAGCAGCAGCAGCGGAGAAGCUUCCCGCGAGAGGAAGCUCACUGGGAAGUAGCCGUUGCCCACCCAAAAAAAAAAAAAAAAAAAAAAAAAAAGGCACUUCAUCGAUAGAUCCCCAUCCCCGAAAUUUCAAACUGAUUAAUUUAAUUUAUUUAUAGAUCAUCAAAUAUCAAAUAAUUUAAUUUAAUGGCAAUUAAAUUUAAGUUCGUUUAAAAUUUUACCACUAUAAAUACGAUCACCAAUAUUUUGUUGAGGACCAUGGCGGCUUUACACGCCGCAGCGAGCUACAUGGCUUAUUUCCCGCCGCAGGGCCAGGGGAGCACUUCUUCCGACGACCCCCCCGCGGCCAAUCCGACGUCGGGGUUCGAUCUCUCCGACUUCAUCUUCUUCGAUGAGGGGUCGACGCCGCCGACCUCGUUCGCGCAGUUAGGGACCGGCGCGAUCACUCCGCAGCCUGCGACGGAGAGCGCCUACGCAGGGCAAAGUAGUGGGAGGAGCGUACCUGCAAGUGGAAGUAGUACUACUAGUGGUAUAAGGGCCGAGGUAGAGAGGCCGAGAACGGAGAGGAUUGCGUUUCGAAUGAAGUCGGAGGUGGAGAUCGUCGAUGACGGCUUCAGAUGGAGGAAGUACGGGAAGAAAUCCGUCAAGAACAGCCCCAACCCAAGGAACUACUACCGGUGCUCGACGGAAGGUUGCUCGGUGAAGAAGAGGGUGGAGAGAGACAAAGAUGAUCCGAGUUACGUGAUCACGACGUACGAAGGGGUUCACAACCACAUGAGCCCCGGCGUGGUUUACUACACCACGCAAGACGCUGCGUCGGGGCGGUACUUCGUCGCCGGAUGCCAAAUCCCUCCAGGUUCAUCGUGAAUCAUCCUCAUCAUGCUUUUUUCUUCUUUUUUUUUUUCUUCUUUUUUUUUUCUUUUUUUAACUCAUGCCCAAGUAAGCGAUCCAUCUUCUCCAUGAAACUACCACCAAAUGUAACAUAUUUUUUUGGGCCUUUGUAAUAAAAUUUAGUUCUUGGUUUUGGCCAGUUAUUAACUCACUUUUGCUUAA